GUUGUAACAAACUCCGCCCUGCGGUGCCAGCUUCCCCAUAGCGAUCCCCGAGGCUACCUGAAUUUUACAUGGGCAUUUUUCAGUCCGAUCUUGUUUAUUCUGCCGGCCUGUUUGGAGAAACAUUAUUAACUGUACUGGGACAAAGUGAUUCUGGUAUAUGGUGCAUAUCGGAUCUAAUGUACUGUAGCCCCCAGGAGAAGAGUAAAGUCUGACGGAUUUCUGCAGAGCAAUGCAUUCCGCUGUCAUUUCAAGGAGUGCCAUGGCCAUGAACAGAGCCAGGGUGUGGCAAAGGGUGCUUUCAACAGUGCCACAGCAGGAAUACCACAACUACAGCACCUCAGCAGUGGGGAGGAAGAGCCAGGCUUUCAGCUAUGUGGUGGUGGGAGCCGGCUCGGCGGGGUGCGUGCUGGCGAACAGGCUCUCUGAAAGCCAGGCCGACUCGGUGCUCCUUUUGGAGGCCGGCCCAAGCGAUUUGUUCCUGAACAGCACGCGCUUGUCCUGGAAGAUCCACAUGCCCGCGGCUCUGAUGUAUAACCUCUGCGACGAUCGGUAUAACUGGUUCUAUCACACCGCGCCCCAGUCGCGCAUGAACAACCGGGUGAUGUACUGGCCGAGGGGCCGAGUCUGGGGGGGCUCCUCGUCCCUGAACGCCAUGGUGUACAUCCGGGGCCACGCGGAAGAUUACAAUCACUGGCACCGGGAGGGGGCCACGGGCUGGGACUACGAGCACUGCCUUCCUUAUUUCAAGAAGGCCCAGGCCCACGAGCUUGGGGGCAACCAGUACAGAGGAGCUCAUGGACCACUGCACGUCUCUCGGGGCAGAACAAACCACCCACUGCACCACGCUUUCAUAGAGGCAGGCCUGCAGGCCGGCUACCCCUUCACAGAUGACAUGAAUGGCUAUCAACAAGAGGGAUUUGGCUGGAUGGACAUGACGAUCCACAGAGGUCAAAGAUGGAGCACUGCUAGUGCCUACUUGCGCCCAGCCUUGGCACGACCAAACCUAAAGGCUGAGGUCAGGUGCCUGACCACCCAGGUGCUGUUCGAGGGGACAAAGGCUGUAGGAGUGGAAUAUAUACAGAGGGGAGAGAAGAAGAGGGCCUAUGCAGACAAGGAAGUUAUUCUGUGCGGAGGGGCUAUCAAUUCUCCUCAGCUGCUCAUGCUCUCUGGAAUUGGAAAUGCAGAUGACCUAAAAAAACUGGGCAUUCCUGUGGUGGUCCAUCUUCCAGGCGUUGGAAAUAAUCUUCAAGAUCAUCUUGAAGUUUACGUGCAGCAGGAGUGCACUCAACCCAUAACUCUCUAUAAGGCACAGAAGUCAGUCCACAUGGUGAAGAUUGGCCUGGAAUGGCUGUUGAAAUUCACAGGGUACGGUGCUACUGCCCACUUAGAGAGUGGGGGCUUCAUCAGAAGUCGUCCAGGUGUGACCCACCCAGACAUUCAGUUUCACUUCCUGCCAUCACAAGUCAUAGAUCAUGGAAGGAUAAGCUCCAAAAUAGAAGCCUAUCAAGUUCACGUUGGACCAAUGAGAAGCACCAGCAGAGGCUGGAUAAAACUCAAGAGUGCCAAUCCCCAGGAUCACCCUAUCAUUGAGCCAAACUACUUGUCCACAGAUGUUGACGUGAUGGAGUUCAGGCAGUGCGUUAAGCUCUCCAGGGAGCUUUUCGCCCAGAAGGCCUUCGACGAGUUCCGCGGCCGCGAGCUGCAGCCGGGGAGCCACGUCCACUCGGACGAGGAGAUCGACGCCUUCGUGAGGGAGAAAGCCGACAGCGCCUACCACCCCUCCUGCACCUGCAAGAUGGGGCGGCCCUCGGACCCCAUGGCUGUGGUGGACCCCGAGGCCCGGGUGAUAGGGGUGGAGAAGCUCCGGGUGGUGGACGCCUCCAUCAUGCCGAGCAUGGUCAGCGGGAACCUCAACGCUCCCACCAUCAUGAUCGCCGAAAAAGCAGCCGACGGCAUCCUGGGGCGCCCCCCCCUCAGGGAGGGAGACGUCCCGGUAUACAAACCCCCCACUCUCGAAUCCCAGAGGUAAACACGCCUCUGCAAAAGAUUAACCAUCAGACCUGCCGAUUUUUUAAUGAUCACUUUAUGAGCCCCCUGCCUUGUGCCCAUCGCUCGUCUUCCAACUCCCAUGCGACACUGUAUGGAUAAUAAUUAAUAAUAAUAAUUGCUGACACUUAUAUAGCACUUUUCUGGACACUCCACUCAAAGCGCUUUACAGGU